CUUGAGAAGUCAAUGGUUGCGGAUAAUGAUUCAGGUGAGAGCGUGGCAAGUGGAGUGCACACUAGUUCUGGAAGGUUUCUUUCCAAAAGACAGAAGAUGAGUUUUGCAGAGAGAUAGAGGCUUCUCGCCAGGCUGCAUCACCGCCAUCUAAUUGCUUUGAAAGGCUUUUGUGUUAAGAAAAACGAGAGGGUUCACAUGAUGGCGGAGUCGCAGGCCAAGAGUCCCGGAGGAGGCGAGAGCCCGAGGUCGUCGUCGUCGUCGCACGUGCGCGAGCAAGACAGGUUUCUCCCGAUUGCGAACGUAAGCCGUAUAAUGAAAAGAGGGCUCCCUGCUAAUGGUAAGAUCGCUAAAGACGCCAAGGAGAUUCUCCAGGAGUGUGUCUCCGAGUUCAUCAGCUUCGUCACCAGCGAAGCGAGUGAUAAGUGCCAAAGAGAGAAACGGAAGACCAUCAAUGGAGAUGAUUUGCUUUGGGCUAUGGCCACUUUAGGAUUUGAAGAAUACAUCGAACCUCUCAAGUUGUACCUUACUAGAUACAGAGAGACGGAGGGUGACUCAAAGGGAUCAGCAAGAGGCGGCGAUGCGAAUGCAAAGAGAGAUGGCCAAUCAAGCCAAAACGGCCAGUUCUCGCAGCUUGCUCACCAAGGCUCUUACCCACAAGGUCCUUAUGGAAACUCUCAAGCUCAGCAUAUGAUGGUUCCAAUGCCGGGCACAGACUAAGACUAAGGAUGAGGGUAACUGUUACAACAAUCAUCUAAAUUAUUAUGUUUUCUUUUUCCUUUUGAUUUGUUCUUAAGAAGUCAAGAGAUUCGUUUUUGUAUUUGGUUUAUUGGUUUUGUGGAUUAUAAUAUCAUGCAAGCCUAAUAUUGAUGCAACUUAUUAGAGUUUCUGUUUGACGCC